UACAGUUAAACCAGUCUCCUCGUCUUCUCUCCUCCCCUCCCGCUUGGAGCUUUCCGCUGCUCAAACCCCCGCCGCGCCAACCUAGGGCAUGCUCCCAACCCCCAUGGCCCUAGCCCUAGCCCUAGCCCUAUCCCCCUCCUCCUCCUCGCCAUGACCGCCCUCGCCUCCCCCUUCCUCCUCCCCCACCGCCGCCGGAAGCGCCCCCUCGACGAUUCCCACUUCCACGGCCCGCAGCGCCACCGCCGCCGCCGCCUCUGCCUCUGCCCGGCGGCCUUCCCCUCCCCGCCGAUCCCGCCCGAGGCGGCGUCGUCCCCCGCGUUCGACAUGGGGGGCUUCCUCUCCUUCCUCCGGGGUAAACCUAGGCACGACGAUGCCGGCCUCGGGGUGUACAGGGGCUGGGUCGACGUCCGGUCGCGGGAUCUCUCGGUGGCCACCGCCAUGGAAGACGACGACGCGGGGUUUGGCCCCCGGUUGGUGGUGAGGCGGAGGGUCGGGGACCCGAGGAAGGCCGCCCUGGAGGCCGCGGCGCCGCGUCCGCGGGUGAAGAGGGAGCCGUACUACAAGGAGGCGCUCGAGAGGAUGAGGAGCCACGACAAGAGGCUGGGCGAGCUCGCUUCACUGGUGAAUCUAGAAGAGGAGAAACUCGCCGAGCUGCGGAAGGCGGCUGAGCCACCCAAGGAGGACCUGUCUGAACUCUUUACACCUCUAACUGCUGAAGAGGAAAAUGAAGUUCAUAAUUGUUUGUUUGGUAGGGGUUCAAGUACUGAAAUCCUAGCACUGCAUGAGCCCUCCAACAUUGAAGUUAGCAGAGAGAAGUUCCGGUGCUUGAGACUGACUGCCUGGUUAAAUGAUGAGGUCAUUAAUUUGUACCUUGAAUUAUUGAAGGAGAGAGAGGCAAGAGAACCAAAAAGGUUUUUGAAAUGCCAUUUCUUUAAUACAUUUUUUUAUAAGAAGCUUGCUUGCGGAAAAAAUGGCUAUGACUACAAAUCUGUUAAAAGAUGGACUACCCGCAGGAGGUUGGGUUAUGAGCUUAUUGAGUGUGAUAAAAUCUUUGUCCCUGUACAUAAAGAUGUCCAUUGGUGCUUAGCAGUUAUAAACAUGAAAGAAAGGACAUUCCAAUACCUUGAUUCUCUUGGUUGUGUGGAUCAUCAUGUACCAAGAGUGCUGGCUAGAUAUAUUGCAGAGGAAGUGAAGGACAAGAGUAAUAAAGAGAUCGACACAAACACUUGGCACGAAGAGUUAGUUGAUGAUAUUCCUUUGCAGCAAAAUGGGUGGGACUGUGGUAUGUUUAUGCUCAAGUACAUUGAUUUCCACAGCAGAGGAUUGAGCAUGUCUUUUAGUCAGGAAAACAUGGAAUAUUUCAGAAAGAGAACAGUGAUGGAAAUCUUAAGAUUAAGAGCUGACUAAUCAAAUAUGGAUCCUUUUCCUUUUGGUGAACAGCUGAUUAACUUAGGUUGAUAUUCGUAGACUAAAUUGUCAAUCGUGUAUACAUUGUUGGAAGUUGCCGGCAAAGAUAGGAAAUAUAUUUUUCCAGUGAGAAGCUGGAGUUUUGUCAGUAUGUAAACCUGUAUGUUGAUAACACCAGAUUUCUGUAAAGUUCCGUUGUUUUUGGUGAUUCAGUUGGCAGAAAGAACAAGAGGGGGAAGAGAAUCUUUGCGCUCGGUUGAACAAUCUGUAUCUGAAGAGUUUAACUUUUAGGAGCCUAGCCGUAGUGCUACUGAUACUUACCAUUUGCUGCUCAUUUGAUUGUUCUUGUAGUGCUUUGGUAGCUGGUGGGGAUUGGCAUGCUCUGGUGCAUGCCAGAAAAGAGGAAAGGUUGUACCCGGCAUCCACAAGUUAAACAAAUGCGUAUAAUGGUUCUUCAUUUGUAAA